AUGGAGGGCACCGCAAAUUUGGUGGUGUAUCGCAACAGUGAGAUAAUACAUAAUACUCAUGAGGGAGUGAGGUUUGUGUCCCAGAAUUCAUUUUUAUUUGUGGUUCCAUGCACGAUGAUGUUAAUGGAGCUACAGAACGGCCUCUGUCAAAGCAUGGAGAAUGGUACGUUAAUGAAAGUGAGCAGAAUUCUGUACCGGAAUCCGGUUGUAGUUUUUGGUGGUCUAAUACAGUUUGAUAUCAUGCCGGUCACUGAUGAAGCGAGUAUGCAGAAUAUAUUUCAAAUUCACCGGCAGACUCAGAUGCGACACCCACAGAUUGAGUUGUACGUUGAGUUUGAAGCUGUAGAGGCAGUAGCGGUCCAAAAUGAUAUAAAUAUAGAUGAUGAUAGAGCUGCAGUGUACGAAGGAAUGAAUAGUGGCAGUGAAGAGGACUUCGAAGCCACCUAUGAAGCCGGCGACAAAGAUGAGGAUGGUGAUGUGGGAGUUGAGGCAGUAGCAGAGAAUAUAGUGGUUCAUCCCUCGAGUAGUCAACCGAUGUACGUACCACCUUUUAUGCGCGUGGCUGAUCCUGAGGACGGAGAGUUCCGGAUUGGAAUGGAAUACAGUUCUAGAAAGUCAGUCGUCGCAGUAAUUAGAAGUUUCACUAUAUCUAGAGGAAUUGACUAUGAUGUGUAUGAGUCUGAGCCACAGACGUUCUAUGCAAAAUGCAAGAUGUACGGGCAUGGAUGUGACUGGCUUAUCCGAGCCAGCUUGAUACGAAAAAAAGUUGCUGAGGCUAUAAGGCCAUUGGUCGAGACAGACCCGUCCAUCAAGGUGAAAUAUAUAAUUGCGGAAGUCCAGUCAAGUUUCAACUAUUCUAUCAGUUACCGAAAGGCUUGGUUGGCAAAGCAGAAGUCCAUAGCCAAAGUUUUCGGUGGUUACGAGGAUUCUUACCUAGCCUUGCCAUGGUGGCUCUCGGUCAUGGUGCAGAAGAUGCCUGGUUCAGUUGUCCAAAUAGAAACACGACCACUGCAUUGCAAGUCCCUGGUUCAGGUUGACGGCACACACCUAUACAGAAAAUACAAAGGUAGACUUCUAGUCGCUGUUUCACAAUACGGGAACCAAAACAUUGUGCCUAUCGCCUUUGCCUUGGUGGAAGGGGAGACAGCUGAUGCGUGGCACUUCUUUCUCAGGAAUCUGCGAAUGUAUGUUGUUAGAAAAGACGGUGUGGGUAUGAUCUCAGACCGGCAUGAGUCAAUACGGGCAGCAGUUAAUCGUUCCGGGUAUUCAAGAACGGUGGAGGAGUACAAUAUCAACUAUAAGAGGUUGGAAGAGCGAGGCGAGGCAUAUGCCAGGUGGUGCGAUGCCCUUGGACUCAGACAUUGGGUAUUGGCAUUCGACGAGGGACAUCGAUGGGGCCAUCUGACAACAAACCUUGUCGAGUGCAUUAACUCAGUGUUGAAGGGUGCCCGUAAUCUACCUGUGUUGGCGCUGGUUCAAGCAACAUAUUAUAGGUUAAAUGAACUUUUUACGUGGAAGAGUGCCGAGACUCACGAACGCAAGCGUGCUGGAUUUACGUACUCCGUAUUUGCGCAACAGCGGAUAGAAGCAAAUAUGCAACAGGCUGGGAAUAUAGUUGUGCACCACUUUGAUAGACGAAAUGAGGUGUUUGAGGUGCGCGAAAUGACUACUGGAAAGGUGUUAGUUGUUGAUCUUGCGCGACGGACGUGUGACUGUGGGCACUUUCAAGUUGAACGAAUACCAUGUCGCCAUGUUAUUGCUUGUUGUGCUAACCAGCGUCUCGAUUGGCAGUUGUAUGUGCAUGAUGUGUACAAGAUGACGGAGGUUCGUAAGGUAUAUAGAUUUGAGUUCACACCAUUAGGUGAUCCUGAGACAUGGCCUACUUAUGAGGGACCCACAUUGGUCGUUAGUCCCGCCAUGAGGCGAACGUCUAAAGGCAGGCCCAAACUGACCCAAUACUUGAAUGAAAUGGACUCACGCGACAUGCGUGGUCCUCGGAUAUGCCGUCUCUAUGGUGAUCAGGGUCAUAGUCGGAGUAAGUGUCCUCAGCGUGAUGGACCGAGUGGUGCUUGUUCGUAG